CCACACAGACACACACGCACACAUACACACGCACGCACGCACGCACGCACACAGACACACACACACAGACACACACACGCACACACGCACACAUUCAGACACACACGCACACGCACAGUCACAGAGAGGCGCUCCAUCACAGUUAAGUCGGUCGGACUAGCUGCUGCCUGCCAGUCUGCCUGCAUGCUUAGACCCCACGCUCGCUGCAGGAUCGAUAGCGGCUUUUGUUUGUAUUUUUAAAUCAAGACCGAGACACGAUCGCUCCUCGACGACCGAACUACAAACCGAACCUGCUCCACGUCCAGACUGCGCUGAACUAAACAGAAGCACGCAGUCUUGUGCGGGUAAGGGGAGAGGCGGACUCUUCCCGAUUCCUGUCAUGUCUGCUCGCUAGUACUCCCCGAUCUCUAUGGUGCCACCCCCGCUCUGAGACAUGGUCUCCCCUGCAGCUCUGUGUGUCUGCCUGCUUGCCUGGGGCCUGGGGCUGGGCUCUACCACUCCAGUCCCGGAGAGGGGAGCAGCCCCAUGUUCCCCCACAUCCUUCCAGGGAGAGACGAGCAGCCCAGUGACAGGACUUGAACUGGCCUCUCCUGCAGACAAAGGGAACGAAACAGGAGAAAGGAGGGAGGAGAAAAAAUGCCUAAGGAGCACUGCUGCCUCGCCCCCUGCUCCCAUACUGGGAACAGGAUUUGGGGUGCUGUCACGGAAUCCCCUGCAGUCAGUCCUUGUUGUCAGCACCCCCGAGGAGUCUGAGCAGCCCGGGACAGUGCAGCUCCGCUCUGGGAACCCAAGCCUAAGUGCUGUAGAACUGACAGCGUUGCCUGGAGACGUUGCUAGGAUACCGUCCUCCCCUAGCCCCGUUGCCAUGGGCACCACAAACCGCACCCCAUUGGUCAAUCAGACUCCAGAAAGAGAGGGGGCGGCUCAACACGGUCUGGAGCUCCUUUCUGGAAGCAAAAAUGCAAAGAGAAGGGCGGGUGGAGAGAAGGGAGAGAGGGGAAAGGGGGAUGGAGUCACAGAGAAGCUGCCAGCCCCAGGAAGGAGCACAAUAGCGGGGCCUGCAAGAGGGAUAGAUGGGGGGAUGACUGAAAGCAGACUUUUGUCUUGGGGGCAGCGUCUCAAUAUAAAGGCUGGAGGGGCCCCUAGUGAGGUUGUUGGAGGCAACCAGGCUUGGGGGUUGAAUCCUACAGGGUUAGGCACAGCCUCGAUACCUUCUAGUAUCAUGGAAGCAGCAACCACAGGGGCAGUGAAACCCAGUGCAGUGACUGCAUCACAGCACCCCCUGAUGAGAGGGCCAGUGGAACCCAACUGGGGCACAGCUAGACAGGCUGGAGCAGUCCAGCAGGGGGCAGACUCCACACAGCGAGGGGGUGAGAUGGAAGAUGGAAUCCGAGCAAGUCCGGAACAUCCUGGGAAGACAGAAGAGGAGGAGGAGGAGGGACCAGGAGAUCGGGAAUCGGACAGGGAAUUGCUUCCGAAACCCAGGAAGACUGGGAAGAGUGAGAGGCUCAGGGGUGGAACAGCAGAACGGCACAAGGAGAGAGCUGGGUUAGCAGAGGAAGUCCCGGGUGCGAGAGAUACCCAAACCGACGGUGUGCAAAGGGGCUGGAAAUCAGAAGAGAGCAGGGCUGGACUGAGGAACUCAACGCUGCUGAAGAUACAGCCCACACCAGACGAGACCAAGUCAUCUCAGACAGGCAGCGCAGUGCGACCCCAGUACCCGGGGGUAUCGGGUGUAAAGGAUACCUGGCAUUCUCAAGGGUUCCUCGGGGAGCCUGGGAUCAGCCUGACACACAGUCCCGAGGGGGGGCUAAUAUCCAGCUCUGCUCCCUCCCCCAACCCCACCGUGUCACAUCCCGGGACAGGGGGCCCCACACUGCAGGAGGCAGAUUCCUCUGCUCUGUACAGCGUGACAGAGUCUCACCAGACCUCAGCAGCAGAACUCCUCUCCAGUUCCACACAGGAUCCCCUGACUGCAGCGGAGACAGCCACUCACUCCUCAAGAGAACCUACUGUAGCAGAAAAUGAGGGGACGACUGUCACUCUACCCCCCGAAGGGGCCCCGCUGCCAUCAGAACCCUUCGUCUCAGUACCCCGUGAAGGGACCCCACUUGUAUCAGAGUCAACCAUCACUGUACCCCCUGAAGAUAUCUUAUCACAGUCACCUGACUCUGUACCCCUUGAAGAGAUCUUACCACCAUCACCUGACUCUGUACCCCUUGAAGAGAUCUUACCACCAUCACCUGACUCUGUACCCCCUGAAGAUAUCUUACCACCAUCACCUGACUCUGUACCCCCUGAAGAGAUCUUACCACCAUCACCUGACUCUGUACCCCCUGAAGAGAUCUUAUCACCAUCACCUGACUCUGUACCCCCUGAAGAGAUCUUAUCACAGUCACCUGACUCUGUACCCCUUGAAGAGAUCUUACCACCAUCACCUGACUCUGUACCCCCUGAAGAGAUCUUACCACCAUCACCUGACUCUGUACCCCCUGAAGAGAUCUUAUCACCAUCACCUGACUCUGUACCCCUUGAAGAGAUCUUACCACCAUCACCUGACUCUGUACCCCCUGAAGAGAUCUUAUCACCAUCACCUGACUCUGUACCCCCUGAAGAGAUCUUAUCACAGUCACCUGACUCUGUACCCCCUGAAGAGAUCUUAUCACAGUCACCUGACUCUGUACCCCCUGAAGAGAUCUUAUCACCAUCACCUGACUCUGUACCCCCUGAAGAGAUCUUACCACCAUCACCUGACUCUGUACCCCCUGAAGAGAUCUUACCACAGUCACCUGACUCUGUACCCCCUGAAGAGAUCUUACCACCAUCUCCUGACUCUGUACCCCCUGAAGAGAUCUUACCACCAUCACCUGACUCUGUACCCCCUGAAGAGAUCUUAUCACCAUCACCUGACUCUGUACCCCCUGAGGGAGCCCCACUGGUUCCAGGCUGGUCAGACGCUGCAGAUGAUCUAGAUGAAGUCCCUCCCCUUCUCUCCGAAACCCUGCCUCCCGGAAUCUUUAACAUUUCAGAAACCCCGCCCCCCGGACCCUUGAAAAGUUCAGAAACCCCGCCUCAUGGAACGUUCAGAAAUCCCAAAACUGCACUCUCUGGAACAUUUGGAAAUCCCGAAACCCCGCCCUCCAGAAUCUUCACAUCAGAAACCCCGCCCCUGACAACCAGACUGCCCCCGACGUCUGUCACUAUGGCAACCAGCCUGAUGUGGCCGCCCGCCGAGGCUGGGCUGGAUGAUCUGGAGAAACUGGAGUCUGAAGAGGAUCGAGAAGAUAAUGUCAGUGAGGAUGAAGACGAGGAGGAGGAGGAGGAGUCCCCCGACUCUGAUGAAGCUGAGAGUGUGGAGGAGAGUGAGCCCCCGGAGGUCUCCACGACCACCCCCUCGCACAGCCACACCCCCUUCCAUCUGCCAGAGGGGUCCGAGUGGGCACAGCGAAACCAGGGGCUGGUGCGAAGCUGGGUGGAGAAAAUUCGAGAUAAGGCCGGCUAUGUCUCGGGGAUGCUGGCUCCAGUGGGGAUCGGUAUCGUGGGUGCUCUGUUCAUCCUGGGCGCGCUCUACAGCAUCAAGGUGAUGCACCGCAAGAGGAGGAGCGGCUUCAAGAGGCAGCGGCGGAAGCACGGGGAGAUGAGCAACAGGCAGGACCGCGUGAUGCUAUUGGCCGACAGCUCAGAGGACGAGUUCUAAUCCCUCCCACAACCCCGCCCCCCUCCAGCAAUAAGCAUCGCCCCAAGUCUUGUUAUUGCCCCGCCCCCCUCGGAGGCAGCUCUCAUCUUCAUGACAUCAUCGAGAGAGUGCUGUGCCAGGCUGCGCUGUGUUCAUCUGCACAAGAUACUGCAAUCCCUCCUUCCUCUCACACUGGAGACAGAGAGAGGGAGGAGAGAGACAAAGAGAGACUGAACUAGGGAUGAGAGGUGGGAGUGAGACAGAGAACGAAGGGGUAGAGAGGGAGAGAAGGAAGGGGUGAGAAUGAAAGAAGGUAGAGUGAAGAGGUGAGGAGAGGUGGACGGGAGAGGAGAGAGAAAAAGAAGGGUAGGAUGAAGAUAGAAGGGAGAGAGUAAAAUAAGGGAGAACGCAGUUGAAGGGGUGAGAGAGAGGGAAGAGGGGUGGUAUACAAUUUCACAGGAGAACGGGGAGGGGUGACAGAGAGAGAGAGGGGGAGGGGAGAAAGACCAGAGGUGAGAGAGGAAGAGUGAGCUAGAGAAGGAGCAAUGGAAAAAGAGAGGAGCAGGGGUGGAGAAGUGUUUGUAGACAGAUAGCUUCCACAGGUAGAUAGCAGAUAGAGGGAAGGGCUCCCAGUUAGAAAGAUGGAUGAGUGUUUUACCAGCCAUGGCACGAGAACGCACAGACACAGGACCCACCGCUCUUACACACAAGCUGUAUCGCUGGAGAACAGAUACGCUGAGGCACCGUGGCAAAGGAGGGCACGCGUUUGAACUGUUACACAAUCUGAGAUGGAUCGGCCAAUCACAGUGUAAGAUAGUGCAGCCAAUCACAACUUUAGACUGAUCAGCCAAUCACACGAAACCAUCGCAUGCUUCCAUUUAAUUGAUGAUAAUUGUAAGUAUUAAUAUUGCCAGUAGUAUUAGAGGUCACAUCCCUGUUAGGACGUCCCAGCAGCCAGUGCACUUCAGCCUGGUAAGAGUGUCUGUUAAGUCUUGUGCACCAAACAUGUAAAUAGAAUUCAAAACAUCCGAUUCCUUACCUUACCGAUAACGUAGAAAACGGGAAUGGAGACAGACAGUUUGGAAUUGGAGAAGCGAGUGAGAGAUCUGGACUGUGCAAGCUGCUGACAGCAGCCUUGGAAACAGACCACGAGAGAAGCCGCAGGAGAAGGAAGAGAAGAUCCAGCAAAGCCAGUCCCGGGCCGUAGGUCUUCAGGUGCAGGACUGUUUAUUGUUUAGCUGCAGCAUGACUUCUGAUAUCUUGAAAGGUGUGCCAGGGGCUAGCUGUUACUGUUAUAGGAGUUCUGUCUCUCUGCCUGUCUCACAGAGAAGCCCCCGACACGCCCCUGCCACGCCUGCCAGUACUGUAGAGAGACGUAUUACUGUGUAUUGUAUUGUACAUGCCUCUGAUAUCAUUUGAAAUGUACAGCAGGCACGGAAGCAAAGGAAAGCACUUUGUAAACUAGUCCCAUUCCUCCUCCUCUUAGUUAUUAUGACUGUUGUUCUGGUGUUAAUAUUAUUAUUGCUGUGACUCUUGCUAUUGUUGUGACUGAGUUGCUCGUCUGACUCGUCGUGUUUUUUCAACGGUGCAGUCUUCCCUUUGCUCUCUCAGAGGAGAUCCAGGUUUGGUCAGGUCUCUUUUCAAUCAUAAACUGACCCAACCCCUCCCCCAUGCAUCAGCUUCUAAUGAAUCACAAAAACACAGAAGGUCCUCCAGAACCUGUUAAACAUACACACAUCUUCUUUUAAGGUGAGCAUUGUGAUCUGCGCAUGGGAGGAUAUCUGUACACUGGAUGAGAUGGGCAGGGAUUCUGGCAGUUCAUUAUCACAUGGUAGAGCACAGCACAGGGGCACUGCGCUUCAGGAAGCCCUGUCCUUAGGGUGAUACAGCAAGACCAGGUCCUGUCUGCUCUGUUAUUGCAUGGAAUGUGGUGCAGUUUGAAGCAGACAUCUAUUCAAACGGACGCAAUUAGCCCAUACUCAGUUUAUUUUACUUGAUCACACUUUUCCUUAAAUAAACGAUGACAUGUGGAA